AGAGAGAGCCGAAAAAGCAAUGAGUAGAGGAAUGGGAAGAUAGUAGUAGUCGGCGCCCCAUGUCUUUAGAUAGCCGAACCGACCAAUCAUAACGUCUCUUUCUUAUUUAUUACACUACUACUAUUCUAAUCUUACUCACCAAUACUAUACUCACUCUUCUUCCUCCAAAUUUAAGUUACUACUCUUCUUUUUUCUUAUAAAAACCCCUUUCCUUUCUCUCUGGUUUGUCUUUUUUUUUUUUUUAGGUUCUAGUUGUUAUAUUUUAUUAGUAGUUUCAAAGAGGGUGAUUUCGUUUUUCUCCCACUAAUUCGGUUCUUCCGUGUAUAAAUAUUUUUUAAACUAUAUAUCGGAAGAUUCUGGAUUGUAAUUUUGUUAGGUUUUUCUUUCUUUCUUUCUUUCUUUCUUUUUGAGUUGAUUUUUGUGAGAAUUUGGUGUUUUUAUUGCAAUUUACACUCUGUGUACGUGGUUUAAUCAAAGUAAUACACUAUGAGAGGUACCGCAGAACAAGUUGUAGUUGAGAAGAUUGAAGAUGGCGAGAAGGAGAAGAAGAAGAAGCGCCGAUCUGGUCGACGAUCUAAACAGAACCCUUCUCCUUUCGCAUUGGGUAACUCGGCAAAUCAAAUACCUAGUGCAGCAUUGGAGCACAUGGGCAAUGAUAGAGAAAGUAAUCAUGUGACCACAUCCCUGACGCAACAUAAAUUGGAGAACAUAUCUCUGGAUGAACAUGGAUUUUCCAAUGCAUCUAAUGUUGCUUUUAAUUCCAUGCCCCCAAUGCAUAUUAAUGGAAAAACUAAUUUAAAAGAUACGCAAAGUGAACAAAAUCAGAUGUCACAACCAUCCGAUCCUUGUGAGAAAUCGUUCUCAAAAUCUUGUUCCAAGCCUGUCAUAUGUGAAGGUUCAUCUGAUUCAUUCAUGAACAAGGGUUUUCCUUCUCCACAUCUGAUGGAGGGUUGUGCGCAAAAGGUCUUUUCUCCGCACUAUUCUUUAGAGGCUAUUAACGACGCUUUAGAGAAAGGAGAUAUUUUUAAAGCUGUAUUUCGGGUCAAUGCACACAAUAGACUUGAGGCCUAUUGCAGAAUUGAGGGAGUACCUACAGAUGUGCUUGUUAGUGGGAUUGCUGCUCAGAAUAGAGCGGUGGAAGGUGAUAUUGUAGCAAUCAAGGUUGAUCCUUUGUCAUUAUGGACAAAAAUGAAAGGCUCAACGGCUAGUUCUAACAAUUCUGUAAUGGUAGAGGCUACGAACAUGCCAUCAGAAUUUCAUAAUAUGGCUGUUAACAUUUGCAAAGGUAAAGCGAAGAUAAAUGUGGAUUCUGAUAAUACUUAUACUGGUAGCUGCCUGCUCCCUGAGAUGGAACUGAACUCUGAAAGAUUUACUUCUCUAGAGGAACCUAAUCAGUCAGAGAUAAUUGGACCUUCAACUUAUGAUUGUGAUGAUGGAUGUGACUCGUCUGCAUUAGGUUCACAUGUGGGUUCUUCUUCUAGUGGACUCAAUCAUGCUAGAAAUGCAGUAGAGAAGAUGUGUGCUGUAAUCAGUUUGUACCCUUCAAGACGGCCAACAGGCAAGGUUUUAGCUGUCUUUGAGAGGUCUCCUCUUCGGGGUACUGUCGUUGGUUUUCUUAAUGUUAAGCAAUGGAUCUCAUGCCAGGAAAAUGCUAAGAAGAACAAAAUUUCAUUAGCAUUUUCUGACCAAGAGUAUAUCCAAUUGACACCAACUGAUCCCAAAUUUCCAAAAAUGAUUGUUCUUGUGCAAUCUUUACCUGAAUGCUUAAAAGAAAGGCUGGAGAAUGGUGACAUGAAUAUCGAAAAGGAGUUGGUUGCUGCAAGAAUUGACAUUUGGGGUGAAGAAAGUAUUUUACCUCAGGCCUGUAUCUUGCAUACUUUUGGGCGAGGUGGUGAGUUGGAGUCGCAACUUAGUGCUAUUUUAUUUGAAAAUGCUAUUUGUUCUUCUAAAUUUUCUCCUCAAUCACUCGCAUGUCUUCCACAUCUUCCUUGGGAGGUGCCACUUGAAGAAUUUAAAAGUAGAAGGGAUCUUAGAAAUUUGUGCAUAUUUACUAUUGAUCCUUCCACUGCCACCGACUUGGAUGAUGCUCUUUCAGUCGAAAGAUUACCCAAUGGCAUUUUCAGGGUAGGCAUCCACAUUGCUGAUGUAUCAUAUUUUGUGUUAGCCGACACAGAAUUAGAUAAAGAAGCUCAACUCCGUUCAACCAGUGUUUAUAUGUUAAAAAAGAAAAUACCCAUGCUUCCUCCGUUGCUUUCAGAGAAUUUAGGUUCCCUUAAUGCAGGUGUAGAUAGACUUGCAUUUUCUAUUUUCUUGGACAUAAACUUGGCUGGGGUUGUUGUAGAUCGGUGGAUUGGUCGUACUGUGAUAAAUUCAUGCUGCAAACUUUCUUAUGAGCAUGCACAGGAAAUUAUUGAUGGGUCAAUGGAUACUGGGCGUUUUUUAUUUUCAGGAAAUUGUACUCCCCAGUUGCAUGGCUAUUUUGAAUGGGUUGAUGUCUUUAACUCUAUUAAAGACCUUCAUGAACUAUCAAAGAUUUUGAGGGAAAAGAGAUAUGGCAGUGGGGCUCUAGGCCUAGAAAGAUCCAAAGUUGUUUUCCUGUUUGAUGAAUAUGGAAAUCCGAAUGAUAGUAUGUUGUCUGGACGGAAGGCUUCUAACUUUCUUGUUGAAGAGUUCAUGCUUCUGGCAAAUAUGACUGCUGCUGAAGUUAUCUCUAGGGCGUUUCCUGAUGGUGCUCUACUGCGGAGGCAUCCUGAACCUAACAUGCGGAAACUCAAAGAGUUUGAAGCAUUUUGCUGUAAACAUGGUCUAGAGUUGGAUACUACUUCUGGCCAGUUCAAUCUGUCAUUGCAGAGGACCAGGGAAAAACUCAAGGAUGAUUCGACUCUCUUUGAAAUUCUUAUGAACUAUGCUUCUAGAUCAAUGCAACUGGCAACUUACUUUUGUACUGGGGAGUUUAAAGACAAUGAAAAUGAUUGGGCAUGUUAUGCUCUGGCUGUUCCCUUCUAUACUCAUUUUACUUCACCUCUACGUCGGUAUCCUGAUAUUAUUGUUCAUCGGACACUUGCUGCAGUUAUAGAUGCUGAAGAAUUGUAUGUGAAGCAUGAGAGUACAUUGAAUAAACUUCACGAGGGACUGAGAAAGUGUUUCACUGGUAUUAAUUUCGAGAAAGACACUGCUGAAUCCAGGUAUGUGAAGGAAGCGUUGUCUACAGCAGCAUUAAAGCAUAGGGUUCCACGCUCGGAAAUACUUCCUAAAGUUGCUGCUUACUGCAAUGAUAGAAAUCGGGCUAGUAGACAUGUUAAUGAUGCUUGUGAUAAGUUGUAUAUGUGGGCUCUGCUGAAGAAGAAACAGGUAUUAUUAUCAGAAGCUAGAGUUUUGGGUUUGGGACCUAGAUUCAUGUCCAUAUACGUUCAGAAGUUGGGUAUUGAACGUCGAAUAAAUUAUGAUGAAGUUGAAGGCUUGAUGGUUGAGUGGCUUGAAGCUACAUCAUCGUUGGUGCUUAAUUUACAUCCUAACAGACGGUCCCUCCGGAGAGGCAGCCCUGGUAGGUGGAGGCCACUUGAAGAUGUUGCAUUGAUUGUUAGUCCAUGUAACCUGAAUUCUGACAUUACAAGGAGAUCUAACUUCCAUUCUGACUCAUCUGCUGUGAAUUCCAUUAACAUGUCAAACUCAGGCUCCUCGGAAAUUGAAAUAGACCCUUUGUUUUUUCCCCUUACUGCUCAUACGCUUUCAACAAUUCCUGUAGCACUUCAUGCAAUUGGUGGGGACAACGGACCCCUUGAUAUUGGGGUGAGGCUGUACAUGAGUUCAUAUCUCUGGUGAAAUGGGGGCUCUAAAAUAUGGUGAGCCGAAUUAUUGCAGAAUGAAAUAUAUAGCUCAGGAGUCAGGGCUGGAUAAGGCUCUCUUGUAGAUAGACAAGACCAGUGUAUAGUUCAUAGUAAUGUUUGGCUCCUGCCCUCAAAAAAGGAGAGAAAAAGAAAAGUUAUGGGAGAGAACAAGAAUAAUAAGUGGUUGCAGAUCUGGUGUUGCUUUUUGUAUUUGGUGGGAAUUGUUAGAUAUAUGGAAGGGGGUUUUGUUGUGACAUUUGGCUAUAGCAGCAUUUUUUCUUUUUUAACAGAAAGCUGCUUGUUGGAUAGGCUCUUGUUUUAGUUGGCCGAUUCCAUCCAAAGUCUACUUUGUUGACACUAUUCCCCACAUCUUGUUCUAUAGUUUUUCUUUUUUACUUCUCUUAUAGACAGCAACCCAAUAAGUUUUUGGUUUGGGUUGACAAGGUUAAGUGAUACAAACUUUGUUCUGUGCUCAGUUGCAUCUUCUGUUCUGUGUAUGUGGCUGUCCGGACUGCCAAGGAAAGAAAAGAGACCUGGCGGUAUUUACCACUUUCUUUGGCAUGUGAUCUUCCACCAAAUAAUUUAUAUUUGUCAACUUAAUUUUAACUUAUA